AUGUCUGCCUUGAAUAUCAAGGUCGGCCAGACGGUCAAGACUACGGGUCAUCAGGAGGGCGUCGUCAGAUACGUAGGGGCUAUUCAUGUGUCAGAAGGCACUUUUAUCGGAAUCGAGCUUCCUACGCCUGACGGCAAAAACGAUGGCUCAGUUCGCGGAGAGCGGUACUUUACGUGCGCUCCUGGCCACGGUCUCUUCAUUCGCGACACCAGCAUAGCCACUAUAAUUUCCGAGGCAACACCAACCCCACCUACACCCACACCACGAGCAGUUUCAAGAGCAAGAGCCCCAACCACCACUCCCAGAGCUCGGCCUUCCAGUGUGGUUGCUACAAAGCCCACUACUGCAAGAACAACCACACUGAGCAAGCGACAGUCAGUCGCAGCUCCCUCAGCAUCACAGCCACCUUCGCGUGGACCUGUUCGAAAAGCCAGCGUUGCUAGCACAUCUAGCAAUUCAGCCGCUGAGUCCUCCCGCGCACAAUUCUCCAGACCCGAGUCUUCCCGCGCAGAACCCACUCGCCCCGAAUCAUCUCGUCCUGAAUCAUCUCGCCCUGCACCUUCAACAUCCAGACCGAGUCUGGGAUCUUCAGUCACUAGUAACGCUGGGAAAGCACCUCGGGAUGGCCAUGUCGAGAGCUUACAAACAACGAUCAGACAUAUGGAGAAGCAGCAUGCGGAAGACCAAGAACGGCUGAGAGAAUUCGCGCAAGUUCGCGACGAGAAGGACAGGUUCAGCGGCCUGAUACAGCGCCUGCAGACCAAAUGCCAGUCACAAUAUACUGAGAUUCAGGAACACAAGGAGAAGCUCAAGACCUUACAAUCGGAACUAGAAGCCCUCAACAAGUCACUACAGGACCAUGAGGUCGACUUAGAGGAUGCUCUAGUCGACAAGGAAAUGGCGGAGGAGAGGGCGGACCAGGCGGAGGCGGAAAUCGAGUCUCUGCGCAAGAGACUAGAAGAGCACACUCUAGAGCUCGAUAUUCUUCGAGACGAGGCAGAGCUCUUUACUACAGAAAUGUCAGAGGAGCAAAAACAAGAAGCUGGCUACUACCGUCUUCAGCACGAGAACGACCGCCUGAGGGAGGCAUUGAUAACACUUAAGGAGAUGACAGAGGAACGCGAACAGGAUUUCAAGGCCAGAAUUCUCGGCCUUGAGGGCGAUAUCUCACAGCUUGAAUUCUACGAACGAGAGAAUGGCACACUUCAUGAACGCUUAAACGCAUCUGAGAACCUUGUCGACCACCUUAAACAACAGCUCGACGCUGCAAACGAAUGGGAGGACAUGGUGGAGGAACUCACACAACAAAAUCAAAAUCUCCAAGAUAGAAUCGCGGAGCAAGACAUGGUGGUGCAAGAUCUCGAAAACUUACGAGAACUUAACGAUGAGCUUGAAGCCCAGCACCUAGAGCAAGAAGAGGACAUGCUUGCAGAGCUCGAGGCUAAGAACAAUGAGCUCGCUGAGCAAGCACGGCAAAUCGCAGAACAAACUGCCAUCAUAACCGAUCAUGAAUCUCUCAUCUCAAAAUUCCGCGAUCUUGUCAUGGAUCUUCAGGCCAGAAUGGCCGACGCUGAGUCUUCAAAGAGCAUGACGGAAGCCCAGGUAAAGGACACUACCGGGCGAUUCAACGAGGUCAUGGAUCUCAACCGACAACUCCGUGCAGCGACUGUUUUAUCUACCACCAGGGAGAUUGAAGCAUCACUCAUAUCGCUGAAGGCAGACCAGCUCGCUGAGCGCCUUGAAAUCUGGAACGAGACUGAGUCCAAGGAAUUUACUCGGAGCGAAUCUCUCCAAGCCUAUUUGACCACAGAAAGGAUCGCUGGGAAAUCUGACCUACUUAUCAGUGUGCUGAGAAGCACUAAUCGACACAUGAGCAACGGUGGCCGCUUGGAUGAUGCUGUAUCUAGGCUUGUUUGUGUCCAGUCCAUCGUUUAUCUAGAAGUCCUUAAAGACGGAAGCAACCGUCUCUGGUCUGCAGUUCGCGGAUUAUCACUCUCAGACUUUGCAAACAUUGGACCAACCUACCAGGAAUUGAUCACCGUAGAGCAGGUCCUUGACCAAGGCCUGAACGCAUUGAAGGCGGACACUAUUAACUUUGAGGAAUUUACUGGAUCUUUGGAGCGUUCUACCAAAACUCUCGAGGCAAUCCUUUCCAGCCAUCAGGAUGUUCUAGCCGGUCGACCGGAAGGAGAGAUGCUCUCCUUGUUCGUCUCCAUACAUGCUCGACUUGAACACAUAGCGUACAUGUACGACCUCGCCACGUUCGUCCUCCAGAAAGUUCCCGAUACUAUACUCCACGAAUGCGAGUACACGUUGGAGCACUUCAAUACCCCUCUGGACAACACGCAAGCUGCGCUUACCGCUGCCGCGAAAUUGCUACGUACCGUGCAGGCUCUCGCUCAGGACCACAUGUAUCCUCAAUUUCCCUAUGGUCUCGACGACGCCGUAAAAUACGAUGAAGCGUUGGCGUCUGCUGCUGGAGGUAUCGCCAGAUUUGUUCGCGGUCUGAUCGAAGAGGUUGCGAAAUGCACCAGUCUUUCGGACAACGACUCGGCUUCUGCUCGUGAGAUCGCCGAGAUCAAAUACAAGAUUGACGAUCUCGAUAAUGACCAGUCCAUUGCCUUUUAUACUGCCGGACUGAACGGCCUUACUGCUCAUCUCCAUGAUUGGUCGGACCGUGCUGGCCUACUGGCCAACACCAAAGAAAUCGAACACGGGCCUACGCCCUGGGCCCAGAAGGCCAAAGAAGUGGAGGCAUCGCGGAAAAAAGACGACGAAGCAAUCCGUCAACUACAGAGUCUUACUGCAGAGCAUCGCGCUACAGUUCUGAAGAUCCACGAGCGCGAACAGGUCAUUGCUACAAAGGAACUCGAGAUCGAACAUUUGUUAGCCAAGAUAAAGGAUGCUACCAGCAAGACCGAAGGCCUUGAGGCUUUGCAGGAAGAGCUUGAGAGGCGUCAUGAUAAGAUUAUGGAGCUCCAGGCCUUGGACCGAACGCAGAUGUUGGAGAUUGAGUCCCUCAGGGAGCGCCUGGCGAAUGCAGACGAGCCUUCACGCCACGAUGUUGAACUCACUAUGGAGAACACGACUGCUCCAGUUGAACAACCUCGGGAAGAAGAGGACCCGCUGAAUGUCCCAGGCAGGACUAAGACAAUGUUUGAUGCUCUUGUUAAUGAGAAUCAUUGGCUACGAAAGCGCGAAAACAGUGUUGCGUUCGGGUGUAACCUGAUGGAGCUGUUCGCCAAGAUGGAAAUGGAUCGAUCCUCUGCCAUGCGCAAAGAGUCAACGGCCAAGACGAACGCUAUCUUUGAGCAGGCCUUCUACGAGCGAGCUUGCCUCACCGACGACGACUCAGAAUCUGUUGAAAGCUCUUCAGAAACAUCAAGCCGUGUUCUCGAACAGGAGGACUUGACAUACCACAUCCAGAACACGCAAGGCUCCGGCAGACCUAAGAUGUCGGCUGUGGAACUCACGGGAAUCAGCCUGGGUUGGGAGCAGCUUGCCCACAGCCAUAAGGUGGCAUUGGAGCAGGCUGAAGAGGACUUUAUGCACAUGUCUACACUUGACCUUGACGACGAGGACUACGAAGAUUUGUCAUUUGUGGCGGCACAUAUCUAA